GGAAGGUGAACCAGAACUUUUGGAAGUAGUGCCGGCGGCUCUCCACCCCCCAGGCCUGCUUGAAGCCAUUCAGGAAACCUUUGCUGAGAGCCUCCAUCAGAGCUCUGCCUGUAAACUCUGCUGGAAGCAGAUUUCAAGCUGGUUACUUCUUGGACUUGUUGGAUUGUUGGAGGCUAAUAAAUUAAUCUGUGUGGGCCUGCAUUUCUAAGAAAAAUCUAGGUUGGAAUUUGCCCUUGACAAAUAACAAAAUGAUGAGUGACGCAAGUGACAUGUUGGCCGCAGCAUUGGAGCAGAUGGAUGGGAUUAUAGCAGGUUCUAAGGCCCUGGAAUAUUCCAAUGGGAUUUUUGAUUGCCAGUCUCCCACUUCCCCGUUCAUGGGAAGCCUGCGAGCUCUGCACCUUGUGGAAGACCUGCGUGGAUUGUUGGAGAUGAUGGACACAGAUGAGAAGGAAGGUUUGAGAUGCCAGAUCCCAGAUUCAACAGCAGAAACACUCGUCGAAUGGCUUCAGAGUCAAAUGACAAACGGACACCUGCCCGGAAAUGGAGAGGUGUAUCAAGAAAGGCUAGCACGUUUAGAAAAUGAUAAAGAAUCUCUCGUUCUUCAGGUAAGUGUGUUAACAGACCAGGUGGAGGCUCAGGGGGAGAAGAUUCGAGAUUUGGAAUUUUGUCUUGAGGAGCACCGGGAGAAGCUGAACGCCACAGAGGAAAUGCUGCAGCAGGAGCUUCUGAGUAGGACAUCCUUAGAAACUCAGAAGUUGGAUCUGAUGGCUGAAAUAUCUAACUUGAAGCUUAAACUGACCGCUGUGGAGAAGGAUAGAUUGGAUUAUGAAGAUAGGUUCAGAGACACGGAGGGGCUAAUGCAAGAGAUCAAUGAUUUGAGGUUAAGAGUCAGUGAAAUGGACAAUGAAAGACUUCAGUAUGAAAAAAAGCUGAAAUCAACCAAGGACGAACUGGCAUCUUUAAAAGAACAGCUGGAAGAGAAGGAAUCUGAAGUAAAAAGGCUACAGGAAAAAUUGGUGUGCAAGAUGAAAGGAGAAGGGGUGGAAAUUCUCGAUCGAGAUGAAAAUUUUAAAAAGAAGCUCAAAGACAAAAAUAUUGAAGUGCAAAAAAUGAAAAAGGCUGUGGAAUCUUUGAUGGCAGCAAAUGAAGAAAAGGAUCGGAAAAUAGAAGAUCUUCGACAGUGCCUGAAUAGGUACAAGAAAAUGCAAGAUACAGUGAUACUGACCCAAGGUAAAAAAGACCAAGAUGGCGACUUUGACGGUCUGCUCACUUCUGGUUCCAUCUCCACUUUGCUGGAUGCACAGGGUUUUAGUGACCUGGAGAAAAGUCUAUCAUCUACACCAGUCAUGGGAUCUCCCAGUCGUGACCCAUUUAACACAAGUGUUCCAGAAGAGUUCCACACCAGCAUCUUGCAAGUUUCAAUCCCUUCAUUACUGCCAACAUCUAAGGGCUUGGAAACGUCUGAAAGAGCAAAAUUGCCUCCUCAACCAGAGACUUCAUUCGAAGAAAGUGAUGGAAAAAUAAUCCUUGGUGCUUCUGUUGAAACCCAGCCGUGCGAUAGUCUUUCAACUUCAAGUCUGCAAAAGUCCAGCAGCCUGGGCAAUCUGAAGAAAGAGUCAUCAGAUGGGGAAAAGGAGUCUGUUCAGAAGCCUCCAGAGGAUAAGGCUCCGGUAGAAAGCAGCCCGUUCAGGAGCCUCCCUCCGAAAGCUCCAGGGCAUGACGCAUCUGUGGAAGACAACCCCUUUGGCACUCGGAAAGCCAGAUCGUCCUUUGGGCGUGGCUUUUUUAAAAUAAAAAGUAACAAGAGGACAGCAAGUGCACCAAACUUGGAUCGUAAACGAAGUGCCAGUGCACCCACCCUAGCUGAAACAGAGAAGGAGACAGCUGAGCACCUAGAUCUGGCUGGUGUAUCUUCCCAGCCGAAAGAUUCGCAGGGAGGCAGUCCCUUCCAGAUAUCUCCACCAUCGCCGGAUUCCAAAAAGAAAUCCAGAGGUAUCAUGAAACUCUUUGGAAAACUUAGGAGAAGUCAGUCAACUACAUUCAACCCAGACGACAUGUCUGAGCCUGAAUUUAAAAGAGGAGGGACAAGGGCAACUGCAGGGCCACGACUGGGUUGGUCUCGAGAUUUGGGACAAUCUAACAGCGACUUGGAUAUGCCAUUUGCCAAAUGGACCAAGGAGCAGGUUUGCAAUUGGCUUGUGGAACAGGGCUUGGGGUCCUACCUGAAUUCGGGCAAGCACUGGAUUGCAUCUGGCCAAACACUUCUGCAGGCUUCUCAGCAAGAUCUGGAGAAGGAACUUGGGAUUAAGCAUUCACUUCAUCGAAAGAAGCUCCAGCUGGCACUGCAAGCCCUGGGGUCUGAAGAAGAAACCAACCAUGGAAAGCUGGAUUUCAACUGGGUCACUAGGUGGUUGGAUGACAUUGGUCUCCCCCAGUACAAGACCCAGUUUGACGAAGGUCGGGUAGAUGGUCGAAUGCUCCAUUACAUGACUGUUGAUGACUUACUGUCUUUGAAGGUCGUGAGUGUGCUACACCAUCUCAGUAUCAAAAGGGCUAUCCAGGUCCUGAGGAUCAAUAACUUUGAACCGAACUGUCUCCGGAGGCGGCCGUCUGACGAGAAUAGCGUCACCCCAUCCGAAGUUCAGCAGUGGACCAAUCACCGGGUGAUGGAAUGGCUGCGCUCCGUGGACUUGGCAGAAUAUGCCCCCAAUCUCAGAGGCAGUGGUGUCCAUGGUGGGCUCAUGGUUCUAGAACCUCGUUUUAAUGUAGAAACAAUGGCUCAGUUAUUGAACAUCCCACCAAGUAAGACCCUCUUGCGAAGACAUUUGGCCACUCAUUUCAACCUUCUGAUCGGGGCUGAGGCCCAGCACCAAAAGCGUGAUGCCAUGGAGUUACCAGAUUAUGUACUCCUGACAGCCACGGCCAAAGUGAAGCCAAGGAAACUUACCUUCAGCAAUUUUGGGAAUCUGAGAAAGAAGAGACAGGAAGAUGGGGAAGAAUAUGUUUGUCCAAUGGAACUGGGACAUACAUCAGGAAGUACCUCUAAGAAGGGAUUUAAACCUGGAUUGGACAUGCGCCUGUAUGACGAAGAUGAUUUGGACCGGUUGGAGCAGAUGGAGGAUUCAGAAGGUACGGUGAGACAGAUAGGGGCAUUCUCCGAAGGCAUCAACAAUCUAACACACAUGUUAAAGGAGGACGACAUGUUUCGGGAUUUUGCCGCCCGUUCCCCCAGUGCCAGCAUCACUGACGAGGACUCCAAUGUUUAAUCUGAGCACUUGGACGAGCAUGAGGAGCCCCUCGGCUUUCCUCCACCUGAUUUCUCAAACAACUCAAAGAAUCUAGAACAAGCAGCAGAUUAUAUACUAUUGAUCAUUCCACCUUCUCAGAAGUGGACGCGGAGGGCUGGGUUGGGGGGGGGCAGCGUGUGCCUAUUCCGAAGACGCCAUGAAAAAUGAGACACUGGUGAAUGAGAGUGUAGUGGUCUGUCCUCUAUUUAAUGUAAAAAAUCUGUGAUAUAUUAUAUUUAAAGUGUUGCAUUUAAUAUGAGUGUUUUACUGUAGCGUUUCACGUUCCCAUUCAACAGCACACGGGAUUUGGGGAUCAGGAAGCAGUGCGUGGAUGAUCUCAUCACGUCUGUGUGACCGCGCUGUAGCUGUCAGCACAGGACAUUACAUGCUUUCAGAAUCCGUAUGUGGAAUUUCCUCAAGUGUUCCACGCGCCUGCUAAAUGCCAGCGGCCACCUCCACUUGCCUCUUCUUGUCCUAUUUUAUAUAUUUUUCUAAAUACGUGUAUAUAUUUAGUACAUAGAAAACAGAACUUUUAUUUUGUGACAUACGGGAGACGAUGAAAAGCGAAUACAGUGCUCCAAACGGUCAUAUACACCAGCUGGUCCUCGAAAGGUUGGGAUGAUCUCUCCUUUUCCACAACUGAAUUUUAAUGAUAUUAAAAAUGAUGUUAAUAUUGAUCAUCCCAACUAAAUUAGGAUAUAUGAAAUACCCCUUCUCUGAUGACACAUCACCCAAUUAACUGUUGAAGAGUUAAAAAAAAGUUUCAGCCUUCAUCUUGGAUCCUUUAGCUUCAAAAGGAAGAACACCAGGGACAUUUGAAUACUAUUAACUCAAAUGCAUUCAGAAGGUCCCCCCCAAAUUUGUAGAAAUUUCUGAAGAAACCAGACCAAAACAAAAACCUUCACAGUAUUAAGCUGCUUAUUUUCCUUCUUGCUGAGUAUCUCAUGACAUCAAAAUACUAAGAAUCUACCUACUGUUAUUAAUUGUAUAUUUCUCAGGUUAUCAGUGGAUGGGAUUUUGUUAAGCUGAAUAUGCAUCUGAGCAUUUCGUCUCAGAGUUCAGUAAUGCUGAGGCUGCACAAUGAGUUUUAGAAUGGCUAUAUUGUGACGAGAAAAUGUAAUUCAUGUUUUUAGCACAGGGCCCAGAUGACAUUUAUUUCUAAAGGAAAUAGCUGUGGCAAAAACUUACUGUGUUUAUCAUUUUUUUUUAGGGGUAGUCAAAAAAAUAUCCUAUUUUUUAUUCACUACUACAUCACUUCCCAUGAUAGCCAACAUGGUAAAGACACGUUGUCACAAAUUGGUGUGGGGAGAGGCAGUUCAGUAUGUGCUCGUGGAUUUGCUUAUAAAUUCUAUUUGAAUAUCAGUGGUGUGAUCUUGCAAGUUCUUAGCAGGUUACCAAGCUUUUAAACAAGGGCCUGUAAUACCAAAUUACUGUUUAUUUGUGACUAAAAUGAUCUGAUGCUAAUAAUAAUCCUUUACUCUCUACUAUUCAUUGUCUGGUAACUGUAUUGGACUCUUACAUAUUAGUAUUUUUUUUAAUGUGAACAUAUGUCACCAUUUGAAAAACAAUUUCUUAUUCAAACCUGGUUUAAAAAAAAUGUGCCAGAAGACUGUUAGAUAUGCCAAAUAUUCUUUAUUCAGGGCAGUGUAACAUAACUGAUGAUACGUGAUAAAGUUAAGGUUUUUUUUGAUGAGAUAUAUUUUAUUUACAAAACAUUGUGCACUGCUGGUUUUACCAUAUGAAAAGAAAUAAAGUCAGUUGAUAAUUGUC